GUACAGUCUUUCCUGCUCUACAAGAAAAUGAAUUUGGAAAGGCCAUUGCCAUCUAACAUUACAUUUAAUCAUGUAUUUGGGUCAUUAUCCAAGAUAUUAGGCGAAGUGAACCAUGGGUUUUGUUGUAUCAGAAGAUGGAGUAAAACUUAAUUCCAUUUUGAUUAAUUUCUGUUGUAAAUUAGGCCAGAGAACUUUCUCUGAGAGAUUAUCAAGAGAGGGUAUGAUCGUGAUACAAUCCCUUUCAAUACACUGAUCAGAAGGUUGUCUGUCAAGGAUGAGAUUGAAUCUGCCUUCAAAGUGUUUGAUAAAAUGACUCAUACAGGUAGUCAACCUGGUGCCUUCACUGGUAACAUUCUUAUACACUUUCUUUGGGGAAUUGGUCAAGUGGUCUUUCUCUUCAGACAAAAAACAAGAUGGUGAAAUGGAGCUGCAGACCUGGUGCUGUUUCGUAUCAUACGAUUAUUUGAUGCACUUUGUAAAGGAGGUUUAGUUGAUCAAGCUUUGGUUCUCUUCUCUGAAAUGCUUACAGAUUUGAAUUUUGUACCAGAUGUAGUUGCUCACAAUUCUUUGAUUAAAGGAGUUUUCAAUUCAGGUAAGUGAGGACAAGAGACUCCUUGAAAGAUGGCUAAUCGAGGAAUCUCCGUCGAUAUAACGACUUAUUAGCGGUGAUUUGCAGUCAUAUUCUGGUACGGUCUUGAAUUUACUCUAUCCGACUCAAGUUGCAUCAGUUUUGGCGCCAAUAUGACAUUGCUUGAAGAAUUGCCGUAUCAGAUGAGGUCUAUUCACGUAGGGGUAGUCGUGAUUCCAACGUUUAUCCAUCAAAUCAUUCCACUGAUAAGAUGGUCAAUGGAAGAAGGAAGAAGAUAUUUUGAUAAAAUGAUGGAUCGAUGGAUUUUACCUGAUACACCAACCUUUAGUAUGUCCCCGUUGUAAAGAAGGGAUGAUGCAGAAUGCUUGGGGGUUAUUCAAACUGAUGGACAAGAUAAACAUAAAGCCAACCAGAUUAAAUUUACAAACACCAAGUUCACAUCAGAAACAAAUUAGAAAUUUACAUCAGCCGCCUUAGCUAGUAAAUGGAACUGAACAUGUUAAACAAAGUUCUGGUUGUGCUCAAGCUAAGGAUGCAGAUGCGCUUUACUCUGUUGUUAUUGCUGCAGCUGUGACGAGGUUUGCAAUAGUUUGGAAGAGGUGGCAGUGAGAAAGUUUUCAGUCACCAACUUAAGUGAUGAGGUACUGUCAAAGAUGCACAGCUUUGUUUGGUCUCCUCUGAUGCUGCUUCAGCUAAGGUAUCAGUUUCGUUGGAGGUUUCUCCAUGGACAGCUGAAUUGCCCUUGGACAAGCUUUGGCUAAGGCUUUAAACUUUUGCAAGUGUGUCUAUGUUUGUCCCAGUGUGCAUUAGUCUUCGAAAGUUGGUGAGGAUUCUAUUCAGGUCACUUUCCCAUACAAACUGCAUUGUUUAUCCAAUACUGAAGUCAAGAUCCCUUAUAGAUAGCGAUUUUGAGCUAAUUUCUGGAGUGAAUGAAGAGUUCGAGAGACUCUCCAACAUAUUAUCAACGAUUCAUGAUGUUCUCAAAGAUGCGGAGGUUAAGCAACUUCACCAGGAGACUAUCCAUAAUUGGCUAAGAAAACUCAAGGAUGUUGCUUAUGAUAUUGAAGACUUCUUUGAUGAAUGCGCGACUGACGCUGCUGUAAGACGCUCAACAGAAAUACUGAAACCUAGUAGCAGAUGCAACAACGUUAAGGUAUUCAUUACUGGUUCUGUUCCUAAAUUUCUUGGUUGCAAACCAAGUUCAUCGUCCUGCCGUACAAUUGCAAAAAGAAUUGAAAAAUUUAUAAAAAAACUGAAUGAGAUUGCCGAACUAAGGAAGAAUUAUCCUCUGGAGUCCCGUGUGAAUGCAGUUGUUUUUCAGUCUGAUAUGAAACAGUCUAGAAAAACUUCCUCGAACUUAAGUGCACUGCAGGUUUAUGGAAGGGUCCAGGAUAAAAAAAAAAUAGUGAAUCUGCUAAAAAGUGCUAGUGUUCAGGAAGAAGAUAUUUUUGUCUGUCCCAUCGUAGGUAUAGGCGGUCUUGGGAAGACAACUCUUGCUCAGAUGAUUUACCAGGACGAAAUGAUUGUAAAGCUGUAUAAAAUCAGACUCUGGAUUUCUGUUUCUGAAAAUUUUCAUCAAGAAUCACUUUGUAAGGCUAUCUUAGAAUCAUGUGGAGAUGAGUCUGCACGUAACCUUGACAGCUUGGAUGUUCUUGAAUCUCGGCUCCGUAAAUUAUUGAAUGGUAAGAGGUUUCUGAUCAUAUUAGAUGAUGUAUGGAAUGAGGAUCAAGGAAAAUGGGAGAUUUUUAUGUCUUCAGUGAGAUGUGGAGCGAAAGGUAGUUCGAUUGUUAUAACAACUCGAAGUGCAAAAGUAGCACCAAUAAUGUCUACUACCAUCACACCAUAUCAUCCAGAAAUGUUAUCAGAAGAGCAUUGUUGGUCUUUGUUCAAGCAGCGUGCGUCUUUUUCAGCUGAGGAUGAAACAACCUAUCCAAAGCUGAAAGAAAUUGGCCGGGGGAUCGUAAAGAGAUGUGGAGGUAUACCUUUGGCUGCAAUAGCACUUGGAGGUUUACUCCAAGGCGAAAAAAAUGAAAAACAGUGGUUGUUUGUGGAAAGUAGUGAACUUUGGGAACUUGAAGAUAACAGAUUUAACGCCAUUUUACCUGCUUUGCAAUUAAGUUACAACCAUUUACCCUUGAAUUCAAAGCAAUGCUUCGCUUUCUGCUCGGUCUUUCCGAAAAACCACAAGUUAGUAAAAGAAGAAUUAAUUUACCUCUGGAUGGCAAAUGGUUUUCUUCAAAUUAAAGCGGGCCGCAAAUUGGAGCCAGAAGAAGUAGGUGAUAAGAUUUUCGAAGAUUUAUCGUUGAGAUCCUUCUUUCAAGACUUUGAAACAGAUGAAGAAGGCAAUAUCAUAAGGUGUAAAAUGCAUGAUUUGGUACACGAUCUCGCUUGUUCAGCUAUGAGGGAUGAAUGUUUGGUCUUGCAGGGUGAUGGAGGUAAGGAAAGUACUCUGGGGAUAGCAAACAGUAAUGGUACUACAGGUACUACACAUAUGUCAGUGGUUGACAGUUCAUUCGGGUCUCUGCUUCCAGAAAAUUCACCACGCUUGCGUACACUUAUCCAGUUGCAGCAACAUACUCCGAUUAUCUCAAUUUCUUCUCUUGAAGUCAUUUUCUCAAAUCUAAAACGUCUACGUGCAUUAGACAUGAGAUGUACGGAUUUAAGCAUAAUCCCGAACUCUGUCAAUAAGCUGAAACAUCUGAGGUACCUCAACCUUUCUUCUACCAGUAUUGCCAUGUUACCAAAUGAAAACUUCUGUAGCCUAAUUAACCUGCAGACCUUGAAGUUAUCUGAUUGUCAUGAUCUCAUAUGUUUACCACAAGAAACGAGGAAGCUAACGAAUCUUCGACACCUAGAUAUUAAGGGGUGUUACAAAUUAACUCAAAUGCCAAAAGAUAUAGGGAAAUUGAUUUUUCUCCAAAUGUUAAGUUUAUUCAUCGUCGGGGAAGAUACCGGUUGUGGUAUCACAGAAUUGAAAGAACUUGACCACCUUAAAGGAGAGCUAGUGAUUAAAGGAUUGGAGCAUGUAAAAGAUUCAGCUGAUGCGGGAAAUUCAAGUUUAGUGAAAAAACAGUAUUUGGAAUCACUUAAAUUGUACUGGUCCUCGUCAAGAACAGGAACAGAAGAAGAAGAAGAAGAAGUAGGAGAAGGUCUCCAGCCUCACUCAAAUAUAAAAAAGUUGCAUAUAGAAGGAUACAGGGGUACCAAAUUUCCACAAUGGAUUGGGAGCGGGGUUUCUCUGCGGCUACCGAACUUGGUAAAAAUCUCUCUUAACAAUUGUCAUUGUGAACAUCUUCCACCACUUGGUGAACUACCACACCUUAAGUUUCUUGAAAUAUGCUAUAUGGGCUCAGUAGUGCAUUGGAUCAGCAAUGAUUUUUAUCAUCAUCCUCUCAGUGAUCAACUCGUCUCUUUUUUUCCAUCGCUCGAAGUACUUGACAUUCAUCACAUGUAUAAUUUGGAGAAAUUUUCAUCACCAUUGCCAUCAUCACUAUCAUCUUUGAGAUUAUCUUCAAGUCGACUAAAUAAGGAACCAAGAGGAUCUCAAGGACAAGUAUUAGCAUUUCCAAAUCUUAAGAAACUAAACAUAGUUUACUGCCCCAAGAUGAUAGAAUCUAUCUCAUUACCAUCUUCUCUCAAAGAAUUAGAUAUACGGAACAGUCAUGAAAUGGUAGUCUUGAAAUGCUUUGAGAAGCUUCCUUCUUGUCUUUCGCAUCUGAAAAUCAUUGGAAUUCCCAAUUUGGUGUCUUUUACGAUGGUUACAGAAGAAGAUAAAGGGAAGUUAGGGAGUCUUACUCAUCUGAAGAUAAAGAAUUGCCCCAAGCUUAAGACUCUGCCUAAUGAAUUUUUUGAAAUUUUCAGUUCACUGACACAUAUUAAGAUUAUAAAGUGUUCCGAGUUGAUCAAAUUACCUGAAGGAAUGCAGAAUCUCCACUCCCUCAAAUUAUUGUGGAUACAAGAUUGUAGUGGUCUCAAGUCUUUGAACAGCGGUCUGCAGCAUCUAACAACCCUUGAGGAAUUGAGGAUUUCUGAUUGUCCAGAACUGGAAUUCUUGUCAGAAGAUUUUCAAAAUCUCAUUUCUCUACAAAAUCUAGAAAUUGAGGGAUUACCUCAGAUAACAGAUUUGCCUCCAAUAGCUAUAUGUGGAAGUGGGGGAUCAUCACUACAGCCAAUCAGCACAGAGUUGCCAACACUUACAAGAAUGACCAUCAGUAAUUGUUCUGGCCUAACGAGAUUGCCUGAGUGGUUAUCCUACCGCACAUCGCUUGAGGAAUUGGAGAUUUUGGAUUGCAUGAACUGCAAACUCUUACCAGAUGGCUUGCAAAGACACACAUCUCUCACUUUGUUGACGAUUCAGAACUGCCAUCCAGAUCUAUAUAAAAGAUGUGACAGGGAUAAGGGAGACUACUGGCAUAAGAUUGCGCAUAUUAAGCAUCUCUCGAUAGAAAAAUGAAGAAGAGUAGUUCAUCAGGGAGACAACUGGGAAUCAUUCAACCAUGGCGUAGUAAGGCAGGACAAUAACCAGGUAAAUCUAGUGACAUUCGAGUUGAUAUGUGUACAUAUGAGCAUUGCCACAAAACUUAGAACUACCAAAAAAUUAUUGCUUUUUCCAAUUGCAUGACGGCA